AUGGGUAAUAAUAGGCCCAGAAAGAGACGUGAGGGUAGAAUAAGGAGAUCUCAACAAAAUAAGUGGAAGGGUUAUGCUACCGCGCCUGAUAUGCUUCGGUUCAAUAAUUGCACUAGUAAAGUAGCUUCUCGUCAACAACCUAGAUCUCGACCCUCAAGACCGGCAGUCCAACCCAAACAGACCGGCAAAAAGCAACCUUUCGGCCACCCUAGUCCUUGCGAUUCUCGGUUCACGAAGCCCACCUUGAUAAUACAGAAGGCUAAUACUGCUCCCGCCCCAAGGAGCCUAGGUGACGUCCUAAUGGAUUACCCCGAGAAGCGAUUUGAUGGCUUCAACCAAGAUGUCCUUGUCUUAGUCGCUAAGUCUGCGUUGCAAGUCACUGACGAAGCAACGGUGAAAUGGCUACACAAAUGGUGUCCUUGCAUGGACUUCGCGCUGAUUUUCGACUGGAUACGAUCUAUGGACUGCGUCGAGAACAACUACAAACACAACCUCUACAUGGUACCAUCUGAGGCCAUGGACAUCAAGGGCACCGGCACGACGCUAGCAAACCUAUAUCGUAAUUGCCGAGCAGUCUACUCUAAGUACCCCGUCCUCAAGAUGUCCAAUGUCGUGGAGGUUUUCGAUCAGUGCAUCAUUCUCUGCCGCGUACUCAAGAAUGACAAAUGCAGGGGUCUCCUUCAGGAGGCCAAGCAGAUCAUCCAGUGGCUCCCCGUCGGCCUCGGAUGCAAGGAACUAGAGGUGAAGAGGAGAUUAUCUCGCAACUUGAACGAGAUCCCUGCCUCCCUGGAAGACAGAAAGGAGUUGGAGGAGGAAUUUCUGGACACAGCACUCGUCGAGUUCGAAAUACAUCGGCAAGAAUUCACCGUCAAGCUUCUGCAGCAAGUUAAGUUGCUGCUAGACUCCUCCGACCCGUUUGGGGUCCACGAUAAUUGA